AUGACCGAAAACCCUGUGCCGCUGCCAACGCAAGUCGCGGCUCCUAGUCAGACCUCCCUCACCUCUCCCGCUAUUGUCCCCCUUGCCAAGGAGGACGCAGAUCCCAGCGCUGCGAUUGGCGAGGAAGAACCGUACACCAUCAAGUGUAUCUGCAACUUUUCUGACGAUGACGGAAACACCAUCUACUGCGAUACUUGCGACACAUGGCAGCACAUUGACUGCUUUUACCCCGACAACAGGGACGAGGCUAUCCGCGAGGACUUUGCCCACUCGUGUGCAGAGUGCAAGCCUCGCCCACUUAAUCGCCAAAAAGCCAUCGAACGAACCCUAAGAUUAAAACAUGUCACCGUGCAAGAAGAGGAUUCGCCCGAAAAGAAGGCCAAGAGACCACCCUCGACCAAGAACGGCAAGAGGCGACCAAAACCCUCUGAGUUGUCCUUGAACGCACCAAACGGCACACUCGAGGACAGCAAACAACCAAACCCGGCCGUCGACAACCAAGCCAAAAAAUCAAAACCUUCUCACAAGACAUCACAAUCUGUCAGCUCACAGCCGUCAAAGCGCAGCCCCUCCUUUGCCAACCCUCCCUCUAAUCCCGCACACCCUCCCAGUCCUGCCACAACUCCUCCCGACCUCCCGGACGACUUCCAAAUCCAUCACUACUCCGCCGGAUUCUAUUCUCUCUACAAUGAACACGACGUACCCGAUACUCAUAAUAAUGCCUUUGCCAGUCUGGCCAUCCCCACUGCUCUGUCGCGCUGGUUGCGAGAGCCCGACGUCAUGAAGCAAGAGGUUGGCCGUACCCAUGCCGAUGUCUUUCAAGAUGAGCCGGCCAAUUCCAAUGACAAGAGACCAAAGCUCGAAGUCAAAGACGCCACUCGCUCCUUGGAGCAAGGCACAACGCUGCGAUGGCGUUCCGUCAAGUCCACUGCGCCCAUAGAAAAGGAUGUGCCUCUGAUAGAACUUAACGGCGAGAUUGGCUUCCAAAAAGACUAUUGUGCCAACCUGGAGAACCUCUGGGCUGAUUUAUCAUCGCCACUCCCUUUCGUCUUCUUCCACCCGGUCCUGCCGCUCUACAUUGACACGAGAAAAGAAGGCUCUCUUGCGCGUUAUGUGCGCCGCAGCUGCAAGCCCAACGCUCAACUCGAUACAUACUUGUCUGGGGGUUCAGAAUAUCACUUUUGGCUCGUUAGCGACCGCUACAUUGCUGCCAAUGAACAAAUCACAUUGCCAUGGGACUUUCGGCUGGAAAAGAGCGUCUGUGCAAGAUGGCUCCACCUCCUGGGAUUGAGCGACGAUGAGAGCGCGACACAAAAUGAAACAGAAUUAGAAGAGUCGGAAUACAUCGCCAUCUCCAAUUGGAUCGACCGCAUUCUCUCGGAAUACGGCGGCUGCGCCUGCGAUCUCGAAAACAACUGCGCAUUCGCCCGCUUUCAUAGACACUACUUCCAUGUCCGCGGCCAUGGCCGUCCAAACAAGAAAAAGUCUCGAAAGUCUCGCAAUCAUACCGUAUCCCCAACCAGCACUGGCCACGCCACCAACAGUCGCGCUGCCAGUGAGGGCCAUGGCGACGAAAUGGCUGAUAACCACGCGAGAUUCGAAACACUUUCCUUGACCAGCAAGCCUGCCAGCCGGGACCCAACACCAGUGCGACAAGGGUCCUUUGAUCAGCUUGGAAUACUCACGGAGCCUACGGAUCGCGACAAGCGCAAAGUUGCCAUGGUAGAGGACUCAUUUCGCCGUAUGGAACAGCAACCUCCACCACGAAAAAAGAAGCGUAUAUCUGAUGGCACAUCCUCCUCAAAGUCGAAGCCUCGCUCCGCCUCCUCGGUAUCCGGCGGCUAUGUCGACGCAGGAACCUCGAGGAGCAAGACUGGAUCGCCUGCCAGCUCUUUAUCCCCCAACCUCGCCUCGGACUCAUUCAAGAGUCCCACAUUGGUACAACGGCCUCGCCAAUCGUCUUCCGGUUCUCGACCGUCAUACUGUGACGUAGGAGUUCAAACGGAUCCGGUUGAAGGCGAGUGGUUCAGCGAGCCCACUCGAUUGCCAGCGCCAAAGAAGAAGAUCAUCUCGCUAUCCCGUCGACUACUUAACAAUCGGUAUCGCAUCAAGGCUGAGGACACCGCGGAGCAAAAGCCGAAAAUCACUGAUAGCUCCCCGAAAAAUGCAAUGGAAAUCGACCCUCCCAUCAAUGACUCCGCAGAGUCCGAUUUCAAAGCUGACACACAAGAAGAACCUCCCCAGUCAGAUAGAACCAUGCUGGACGCCCCCGCCCUACCGCCAGAGGGUGUGAACGGCACGGCUGCUACGGCUGACACGGCUAGCAAGAUCAAGACGCCCGACUUGCGCGUGCAGAUGCCGCCAGUUCCGACGUUUGAUAGUAGCGGACUGUCGGCACCUAUGGGUACGACUCCCUUGUCAGCACCUAACUCGGCGGCACUGUCGUCUUUCGCAAUCAAUGGCAUGCCCAGCCCCUUCCAGCAAUUAGCAUUCAACAGUGCCAUCGCUAAGCAAAGUCCUGUUAAGAAGAAGCUUAGUUUAAGCGAUUACACUAAGAGCCGGAUGAAGAAGGGUAGCACCAAGGACUCCAGCGGGCCUGGAUCUCUCAGGUCGGCUCUUUCGAGCCCAGAGGAUAUCAAAGUUGAAAUGACUACAGAGCCCCAAGGCAUCGAGACAAUGGAUGAAGGCCAAUCCUUACCAAACGCGAGCUCGAACGGUGUCGUCUAG